UUUUAAUCGCCUUCCCCGAUCUCCUCGAUCGAAAAAGCUUCCGUCGAUCUAUGCCCUCAAUCGACCGCCAUGGCCGCCCAGGUCUUGCGCCCCUACGACAUCCUCCAGCCCCGCAGCAGGCCCGCCGCGAACCCUAACCCUAGGCCGCAGCAGCGACGCUCUUCCCUGGGAAAGCAGCGGGAGCGGUUGCCGAAGCCAGCGAAAGCCCCCGUACACGCGAAAGGUGCCGCCUUGGGUCGGCCGCACACUCCCCGGAAAGCAGCGGAAGUCUACGCCGGGUCGGGGUUCGCGAACUCACCGGCCCCCAGCGCGCUGCCGCUGCCGCGGUUCUCCUUGAAGAAGGACGCGCCGGCGGUGGGCGAGUACUUGGCCACCAUGGCCCUGAGGCGAAUGCUUCGACUGGAGUAGAAACCUUCUUCUUCUUCUUCUUUGGUACCUUCUCCUUCGAUCAGAUGGAGAGCUCCCCGUCGGCAUUUUUUGAAGGACGGAGAAGGAAAAAGAUCUGAUCUUUGAGGGAGAAAUGGAAGAUCAGUUGCAGUUGAUGGUGGCUCUGUUCUACCGUUUGGAAUUGGUUUGAAAUCUAAUAAAAAAAAUAUCAAUUUAGAUUCGAUUUGAAUUUGUUUGAAAA